AUUUGUAAUCUAUAACUUCCUGAGCCUGUGCUAUGAGUAUCUGGGAGGCGAGAGUGCCAUCAUGUCUGAAAUCAGAGGGAACCCAAUUACUCCCACCAGUUGGUUCUGCUGUACGUGCUGUUUGAGAGGCAAGACCUACUCCAUAGGCUUCCUUAGAUUCUGCAAGCAAGCUACCCUUCAGUUCUGUUUCAUCAAGCCAGUCAUGGCCCUCUGCACGCUCAUACUACUCCCAUUUGGAAAAUACUCAGACGGGAACUUCUCAAUUACAGAUGGCUACUUGUACAUCACCAUCAUCUAUAAUAUAUCAGUCAGUUUGGCCCUCUACGCCCUCUUUCUCUUCUACUUUGCUGCGAGAGACCUCCUGGCACCUUAUCAGCCCGUCCUCAAGUUUUUCCUCGUCAAAUCCAUCAUUUUUGUCUCUUUUUGGCAAGGUGUCUUACUGGCCAUACUUGAGCUAGCGGGAGCCAUCAACCCAGCCACGACCAAAGACGGUAAAUCCUCCAUCCCGGCGGGGACGGUGUCGGCUGGUUACCAGAACUUCCUCAUUUGCAUCGAGAUGUUCUUCUGUGCCAUUGGUCUGCGCUAUGCCUUCCCGUUCGACAUCUACAUGGAAAAACAAAGGCUGGGAUCAUCAAAUAUGCAGCAGAGCAUAUCCAACAACCUCAAGGACACCGUCAACCCCCGUGACAUGUUCAACGACACCAUCCACAACUUCUCACCGGCCUACCAGCAGUACAUGCAGCAGGGGACCAUGUCCGAUGACAUGGACUCCGGCUUCUACCACCACUAUCCCCAGAACAACGGCAGGGAGAUGGUCAAUCCGGCAUCGGGAGGGGGCGGCAACAGCAGCAGCAGCAACGGGGGAGGGAGCAUCAUGGGAAAAGGGCGUGGUGGGUUAGGGGGCGGGAGCAAGAGGUCGGGUCAUACGGAAAAGACCACGUUGCUCAGUUCCGACGACGAGUAUUGAUCCUAGCCCCACCCCCUUUCUCUUCCCCUGUAAACAUAUUUUGUUCAUAUACGAGACAUCGCUACACUUACACCACCUCAUCAUAUUGCUAAGGUCACUCUUUGAAGCGUAGUAACUCAGCAAUACGAUGAGUUAGUCUAGGUUUGUUACUAUGUAUAGCUUGUUAAUGAAUUAAAAGCUCACUACUGAGCAUUCUGGGGGGCGUUUCAUCAAUAUUUUCGUCUGACAAGUUGUCAGAUCUGACAACUUUCCUG